AUGAGCAAACGAAAACGAAUAACAACUGUUAUCAGUGGUGCAGCAGCGAUGCCUAGCACCACCACCAUUACCAACGCGAACAAUCGUGCUGCUGUUGUGCCGCGUCGAGAGCUUCAAAACUCUCUGCUGGUAUGGCUUGAUACCGAUUUUGAUGAAUCCAAAGGCGAUUAUAAAAUAUCAACACAACAUUUACGAAAUAUUUUAGAAACAGUGACAACAUUUACAGACAUUGAUGAAUGUAUUGAUUUUCUAAGUGAUAUUGAAAAUGAAAAUGUAUUUAUGAUCAUCUCUGGUGCCCUGGAACAAUAUAUAAUACCAGUAAUUCAAGAAUGCCCACAAUUAACUUCCAUUUAUGUUUUAUGUGACAAUCAAUCGAUUCAUGAGGAAUGGGCCAAAACAAUACCUAAGGUAAAAGGUAUAUACACACAAAUCGAACCGAUUUGUAAAGCAUUACAAAUCGAUCAAGAAAAUUGUGAUCGAGCUAUGAUCUCGAUAAGUUUUAAUAGAAUUGAUCCAUUAUUUAUGUAUACACAAUUGUUAAAAGAAGCACUUUUGCAAAUAGAAGAUGAUGAUGCAAAAUCGAUUAAGGAACUCGUUGAAUACUGUCGUCUUCAAAGCGAUGCUUCCGAAAAAACACUUGAAAAGAUUGAAGAAGAAUAUCGUAAUCAUUCACCCAUUUGGUGGUACACAGGUCCAUAUUUUAUCUACUCCAUGCUUAAUUGUGGUCUUCGACAAAUGGAUGUCGAUAUUAUCCUGAAUAUGGGCUUUUUCAUUCGCCAUUUACAUAAUCAUAUUACAGAAUUAUAUCGCGAACAACAACACAAGGUGCCAACGACAUUUCAAGUCUUUCGUGGACAAGGUUUGUCCAUGGAAGACUUUGAAAAAAUGAAAAAAACCAAAGGAGGACUUAUGUCCUUCAAUAAUUUUAUGUCGACAAGUCGCAAUCGUGAGAUUUCACUGGAAACCUAUGCACGGUCAGCUACACAGAAUCCCACUUCAGUUGGUAUUCUCUUCGUUAUGACCAUUGACACGACUAUUUGUACAAAUUCAUCGACACCAUUUGCCGAAGUAAGCAAAGUUAGUUUUUAUAAAGAUCAAGAAGAAGAAAUACUUUUUUCAACACAUGCGAUUUUUCGUAUUGAUCGCAUUGAACGAAUUCACGAUAAUCACAGUGAUCGGCUAUACGAAGUUAAACUCACUAUUGUGGGUAAUGACAAUCAUGAAUUGAACACACUUACAGCACAUAUACGUGAGGACCUUGGUGGACGAACAGGAUGGUCUCGACUUGGGUACAUACUUAUUAAAUUGGGCGAACCUGCAAAAGCUGAACAACUCUAUCGAAUUCUCCUUGCAAAGGCAUCUUCAGAUCAAGGUCGAGCGGAAUACAAUCAUCAACUUGGCUGGGUGUAUUAUAACAUGGGAGAGUAUUCAAAAGCGCUUUUAUAUUACGAAAAGGCACUUAAUAUCAACGCGAAAAUUCUCUCUCCAAAUCAUCCCGACUUGGCUACUUCCUACAACAACAUCGGCUUGGUGUAUAGUAACAUGGGCGAGUACUCAAAAGCACUUUCAUCGUA